AUGUACUGGAUCAUUUCUACCACAGUAUUUUUGUCAGUGUUAAAAGCUGCACUUUGCUUCAAUAUUGAUCCUGUGGCUUGGAAGACCCUGAGUAACUCUGCUGCAGGUUUUGGAUACCAGGUAGUGCAAAGACUGUCAGAUUUGAUGGUCAGUGCCCCCCUUGAACAACUUUCACCAAAUGAAAGAGGGCAAAUAUUUAAAUGUUCCACCAAAGACUGCACUCCAGUACCAGUACCAGUGCCAAGUUUUGCAGUCAACAUGUCCCUUGGUUUGACAAUGACAAGUGAUCCCAACACACAAAAAACUUUGGCAUGUGGUCCAACCAUCCCAAAGGACUGCAAAAGUAUCACCCAGUAUAGCGGUGUGUGCUUUGAGAUAGACUCUUCUGAUCACGUUAGAUCCCCUGUGCCUUCUUCUAUUGAAGAGUGUCGAACCAAAGCAGACAUUGCAUUUCUGUUGGAUGGCUCAGGCAGCGUAGAAUAUAAUGACUUUCAGAGAAUGAAGGAUUUUGUGAAAAGUGUUGUCAAGUCAUUCCCGGGAAAGGAUACACAGUUUGCCAUCGCCCAGUUCUCCUCGCGUGUUGAUAUCCAUUAUUACUUUAAUACUUUUAAUGCUGAUGACUGGGAAUCUCAAAUCAAUGGUAUAAGACAGUUAACUGGAGGGACUCACACAACUACAGCCAUCCAAGAAGUUGUAAAGGAGAGGGUAAGAAAGGAAAAAGAAAGGGAGCUACAGCAGGCUGCCCAGGGAAGCAGCUCUCUGCUCUCCUGGAUAAAAGCUUCCACCAGCAGCAAGGAGGAAGAGGAAGAUGAAGAUGAAAGGUCAGAGUCAAGACCAGAGUCAUGUUACUCCAUGGCAGUUGCCAACACGUUGGAUGGCCCACUGAUAAUUCUCGGUGCUCCAAGAUAUCAACACAGAGGAAUUGUGAUGUCGGUUUUCGCAAGCAAUAUUAGCCAAACAAUUGAUCCCUUUAAUUGGCAGUUUAAGAUUGAUGAAUAUUUUGGUGCAGUGGUUUGCGCCAUGGAUGUGGAUCGUAACAGCUACACUGACCUAGUCCUCAUAUCUGCCCCUAUGUACAUGGACAGUGAUAGAGAGGGAAGAGUUUAUGUUUGCAGCCUAUCCCACCAAAAAAUUGAGUGUCACUUCGAUUCUCCAUUAGUACUGAGAGGGGAUGCAUCUGACCAGGGAUGGUUUGGGUCUUCUCUUGCUGUACUCCCGGACCUUAACCAAGAUGGUCUCAAUGAUUUGGCAAUUGGAGCACCUUUGGAGAAUGAGGGACAAGGUAGCAUUUUCAUCUUCCAUGGUGAAGGAGGAGGAGGAAGGAUUAGUCCUACUUACUCACAGAGAAUUGCUUCCUCUGAGGUCCACCAAGGACUGAAGUUCUUCGGGAUGUCGUUCAGUCAGUCUUCUUUUGACCGUAGUAAUGACAAUCUGCCUGAUUUAGCGGUGGGUUCAAAAGGAACAGUUGUCUUACUCACACAUUAUUAGUCAAGGCCCAUAGUAAUGGUGGAAGCUUCAAUGACAUUCAACCCAAACCAAAUCCAAACCCAAAACUCAGACUGCUCAACACCAUUGGAUAAUUCUCUUCAUUGUUUUUAAACCACAGACCCACUGUCUAUCCAUUUAGAUACUUCAAGAGCAAUUAUUAAUUACACUUUCACACUGGAUGCCCAACUCAAGGUCCCAAAUAACCGAGCUUACAUCAGAGACAAACAACGAGAGCAGACCGGAACAUUAACUCUUACCUUUGAGCAAAAAUGCAACGAUGUGAAAUUCCUCAUUCAGGCCUGUCCAGACGAUUCUCUGAAUCCAGUUAACAAUGAGCUCCAAUUCAUCUUUGACGGUUUGCCUUCUAGCACAGGUCUCAGACCAAGUCUAGCCCAGCAGGUUCAGACAACAAUCUUUCAUCCUUUGGUGUUUGAGAUCAACUGUGGCACUGACAACGACUGUGUAGAAAAGUUGAAAGUGGAUUUCAACUUCUCCCGGGUGAGAUCCUCUGAGGUUAAAGUAGGCAUUGAUGAACUGCUGAAUGUCACUGUCUCAGUGGAAAACAGUCAUGAAAACUCCUACAACAGCCGUGUCAUUCUCACUUACCCACCUGGGCUUUCCUACAGGAAGUUUAUAUCACUGAAGGUUAGGAUCAAGUCUUGCAACUCCUUGGACAGUGGAGCUGGCUUAUCUCAGGGAAGAACAGACUGCACUAUUGACAAGCAUAUUUUCAAGAGCAACACUAAGGUUCUCUUCAUUGUGUCCUAUGGGAUCGACACCACUUAUAAACUUGACAGGACGUUAAUUAUCACUGCAAAUGCCACCAGUGGGAAUCAGCACGCCAGUGGAAGCGAACUUUACAAAAUAAAAAGGAUUGAUGUGAAGUACAGCAUUUAUGCUACAAUUGAAAGUUCCCUCAGCUACACCAAUUUCAGUCACGGAAAGAAUGAUUUGCAGAAACCAGUCCAACAACCAAUUGUGCUUGCAAAUGACAACAGAGUGCUGAAUUUAACUAUGGUGAUCAGGGUGCCAGUAAAGCUCGGUGAUAAAGACAUUUGGGUGAAUUCCAACAGCUUGCAGAUUCCAGACUGCCACAGAGACAAAGAUGAAAAACCUACUGUCACAAAUUUUGUUGCUGAGAUACAAACAAAUAAGUCUGUGGACUGCUCUGUAGCCUGGUGCAGAGUGUUCAAGUGCAAUCGAUUCAUGGGAAGCCUGGAGCGUCAAACAUACACAAUCUCUGCUAACCUUAGUUCAGGAUGGAUAGAGCAGAUUGGACUUAAGUCUGCCAGAUUCCUCUUGACUAGUACGGCCACUCUGGAGUUUGACAGAAACCAGUACAUUUUCUUUUUACCAGGGUCAAAUAACAACCCUCUGGUUCACAAGAUUGUAACACAGGUAGAAGUGUAUCCUGAACCAGACUUCACCAGAGAGAUCGUCAGAGGAUUCCUGGGAGGUUUGGCUCUACUCAUUCUACUCACUGCUGCCCUGACUCAGGGCAGAUUUUUAAACAAUAAAUACAAGAACAUGAUGAAUGAGGGACAAGAGGCUGGUGAGGAGGCUGAGGAAGAAUCUCUUGGUAUGCUGAAGCAUUCAGAGUUCCUUUCACUGGAACUAAGGGGCCAAGCCCAGCUCCUGAAAAACAACCCCACACCAUAA